UCACGUUUAUUUGCACACCCAGUGGUUUUCUAACAAGGUGAGACAGAAGCAGGGAGCAGUGCCAAGAGUGGUACCUGCAGUGCAGCUGCUCUAGGGAGGCAGACAGGGACUGAAGGAAGGAGAAGAAGGCAUGGAGUCUGUCCUGCCCGUCUGAUACUAUUUUCCUAUGCUGCCCUUACUGCCUGAAUGCUGCACAAUGGUGAUUUUUAUAGUUAUUAGUGGGGAAAAUAUCAAAGUGGCUUGAAAAAUAAUGUGUCCGGAAAGCUCGUUACUCUUCAGCAGAGUGAUGCUGUGUCUGGGGUUUAUCUGGGUCUGAGGAACCUGCAGAACUGGUAUCUUCAUAUAAACUUCAGGUUCAUCUGUAACACAAGGAGCAGUGCAGCCACCGUACCCUCUAUCUGUAAUAACAGAUAGCCACAGCCCUCGACAUGGGCUCUCCUGCCUUUGAACAUAUGAAGAUGCUGAGUUACUUGCUGUCACUGUUGAUUCUGGUAUGCCCUUCUGCUGCUGCUUAUUUGGAUGAGCCUAGCCUGGGUAGUAGUUUGUUGCCUCACUAUGAACAUGACCGCGCUGAUGCUGUUGGCUCUUCACAAAAUAAGAGGCUGCAGGUUUUCACGGUGGACUACAACAACGUGCAGAUUCCAUAUGAAGUCACUCUUUGGAUACUCCUUGCCUCUCUUGCAAAAAUAGGUUUCCAUCUCUAUCACCGAUUACCAAGACUCAUGCCUGAAAGCUGCAUCCUGAUUGCCAUUGGAGCACUAGUUGGAGCGAUCAUCUUUGGUACUGACCACAAAUCCCCACCAGUGAUGAACACAAGUAUUUACUUCUUGUAUCUCCUUCCACCCAUUGUGCUGGAAGAGGGUUAUUUCAUGCCAACUCGUCCAUUCUUUGAAAACCUUGGGUCCAUCUUGUGGUGGUCUGUGCUAGGAUCUCUGCUGAACUCAUUUGGGAUUGGCCUCUCCCUCUAUGGCAUCUGCCAGAUUGAAGUCUUUGGUCUGACUGACCUGAACCUGCUGCAGAACCUGCUCUUUGGCAGCAUGAUCUCAGCUGUGGAUCCUGUGGCAGCUCUGGCAGUUUUUGAAGAAGCUUCUGUUAAUGAGCAGCUUCACAUGAUGAUUUUUGGAGAAUCAUUGCUAAAUGAUGGCAUAACUGUGAGUCCACCCAAUGAAGUGCGUUCAAUUUACAGAUCAUACAGACCAGCUAAACAGGAUUUAUGUAAGAAGUACAUUUUGGAGUUUCUGUCCUGCCCUAUCAUGAGUCAGAAAGAGAAUGUGAGAGUGCACGUGGGCUUGGUGUUAUACAACAUCUUCAUCGCCUUCACCCAGAUGCACAAGUAUGAAGAGAUUGAAUCCAUUGAUAUCCUCGCUGGCUUUGCUCGCUUCUUCGUUGUGGGACUGGGUGGCAUGCUGUUCGGCAUUGUCUUCGGGUUUGUUUCAGCCCUCAUGACUCGAUUCACCCACAAUGUCUCUGCUAUCGAACCCCUGCUGGUCUUCAUGUUCAGCUACCUGUCAUACUUGUGUGCUGAAAUCCUUUACAUCUCAGGCAUCUUGGCGAUGACAGCAUGUGCAGUGACUAUGAAAAAAUAUGUAGAGGAGAAUGUUUCCCAGAAUUCCUACACGACAAUAAAAUACUUCAUGAAGAUGUUGAGCAGCGUCAGCGAGACCCUGAUCUUUGUUUUCAUGGGAGUGUCUACAGUGGGGAAAAAUCAUGAGUGGAACUGGGCUUUUAUUUGCUUCACUCUGCUUUUCUGCCUCAUUUGGCGGACACUGAGUGUAUUUGCCCUCUUCUACAUUAGUAACAAGUUCCGAAUGUACCCUUUCACCUUCAAAGAUCAACUCAUUAUUUCCUACAGUGGUCUUCGAGGAGCCAGCAGCUUUUCUCUUGCAUUCUUGCUUCCAGUGAAACUUUUCCCAAGAAAAAAAUUGUUCAUUACUGCUACACUUGUAGUUAUAUAUUUCACCGUGUUUAUUCAGGGAAUCACAAUUGGACCAUUGGUCAGAUAUCUGGAUGUUAAAAAGACCAACAAAAAGGAGUCCAUCAAUGAAGAAAUUCACAUGCGAUUGAUGGAUCACUUGAAGGCUGGUAUUGAAGAUAUAUGUGGACAUUGGAGUCAUUACCAGCUGAGAGAUAAGUUUAAGAAGUUUGACAAUAAGUAUUUGAAGAAAAUCUUAAUUCGGGAACAUCAACCCAAAUCCAGCAUUGUGUCAUUGUAUAAAAAGAUGGAAAUAAAACUGGCCAUCGAGAUGGCUGAGAAUGCCAUGAAAAUUUCAGAAUCAUCCACAGCUUCUUUACAGCACUGUAGAAACCGGCGUGAUAACAAGCUCUCCCCUGGAGAAGUGGAGUCCAUGAGGAAUGUCCUGGCCCAUAACCUGUACCAAGUGCGACAAAGGGCGCCAUCAUACAACCGCCACAACCUACCUUCCAACACCAGCGAGAAACAGGCCCAAGAAAUCCUCAUCCGUCGACAGCACAGCCUGAGGCAGAGUUGCAGGAAGGGGAAUAGCUUACCUUGGGGUAGACCGGUUAAUGCCACAAGUGUACGCUACCUCUCCUUGCCGCAGGGCCACAGUGGCCAGCCCACUAGGAAGAAAGCCAGGCAUGUUACUUUUACAGAUCACCCCAGAAGUAUCUCUGAGACUGGGAUCCCAGUAAAGUUCAAACCCCAGCCCCGACUACGGCCACUCGUAGCAAAGCAUUGCCAGGAGGAGCUGGUUCCAAUGGCACACUUGGAUAGAUGUGACCAUUCAUCCCAUUUGUCAGGUCGAAGAGGAAAUACGAUCAAUCGUCACCAUUACACCAGAGUAGACAAUCGAGCUGCAAUACCAAAGCCUCGAGGCAUUGUGAAAAAACUACAGGGGUAUGAGUCAGAAGAAGAGACAGAAAUGAUGGCACCAGCCAGGCCAUUAGAUAUAUGAGGAGCAGAGAAGAGCAAUGUUUGCAUCUCAAGGGCCCUUUGUGCACUGUUCCAGAGAAAAUAACAAAGCUCUCAUAUGAACUAAACCACAAUUUUCCUUUUGGGAUCAGUGCAGUCAUUCUCAUAUCACUUUUAAGUACUGUAUCAAGGUACUUAGCAGCUCGAGGAAGAUUUAAAUUCUUAUAUGUUUAUAUUAAACUGGCUUUUUGGCAAAACAAUGCAGGAAAGAGAGGAACAUGAUCUCUGUAGGGAUUUGGGUAUGGAUUUAGGUAACAACAGUUGGACAUAUGCAGUGUUCUAGUUGAGAGCUGAUAUUGCCUUCUUCUGUUCUAAACUAUGGAUUAAAUCCAGGGGAAAGAAUAACAAGGAUGUGGUUAAGACAUGGGUGCUCAGAUUGGUAACUUCAGAGCUCUAGGCAAGUUGAACCUCAGAGUAGCUGAGAUGUUCCAAGUAAGAGUGGGGAAAAAGGCUUUUUUAGGGCUCCUAAAUACCACUGAAGAUGCCUAGAAGGGUACAUAAAUGAAAAUAAUUACUUAGUGGUCAUUCUAAGCUCUUGGAUAUCCACCAGCAUUUCAGGUUUUGGCUUUGGAAAAAUGCCUGAAGUGAGUUAUAGGAUGGUCUGGGAUUCCUGCAACUUCAGCACAGAGGCAUCACCCACCUACAACAUUUUUAGAUGAAGAAAAGAGAUAUCCUAGUACUAACAAAUCCAGAGAGAACUCUUCUGGGAGGGGUGCAGUUUGGAGACUAACACAAAGCUCAUAUUUUUCAAAUAUGAGACAGCAAGGUUGUGCAAAAUAGACUUGUGCUUAUAGCUCUGGUCUAGUGAGGCAGAGGUUUUUGUCAUGGAGAAGCUAACCUCCAUCUCUCACUUCCACCUUGCUGAGGGUGCCCAAAUCACUAGGCUACUCUUUGCACUGAAGCUGGAUCUGCACUUCGGUGGGAAACAAGAGUUGGACAAAAAGGAAAAGAGAGUCUAGUCUGACUUUGUAUCCUGCUGGCUAGCAGGAAAUAAAGGCUCUAUGUUGUGCUGCCAGGUUUUUAGGAUUGUAGAAGCAUAGAAUCCUCAGAGCUGAAAGGGACCUUUAAAGGUCAUCUAGUCUGACUCUCCUGCAAUGAAAAGGGAUAUCCACAAGUAGUUAACACUGCCUGGAGCCUGGUCUGUCCUAGCCUUGAAUGUCUCCAGGGACAGGGCAUCCACCACCUCUCUGGGCAAUCUGUUCCAGUGCCUUACCACCCCCACUG